AUGCCUGCUACUAAACGCAAGUCUGACGCCAUGGACGUCACGCCUACGGGCAGUCCUACUAAGAAGAUGCGUUUAACGCAGCACCAGAAGCAGGCGCUAAUGGACAACCUUCAACUUGAGAUCACUGAGCGGGCGCGUAAGCUUCGUGCUCAAUAUGCCCUUCAGGCAAAUGACCUCCGGGCGCGCAUUGAGCGACGCGUCAAUCGGAUCCCAGUCUCGCUUCGCAAUGCCAACAUCGGCGAGCUUCUCGAAAAGCACAACGCUGCCACAAACAAACAGCAGAUUGCAUCAGCUUCUCGAAAAUACUCGCCCAUCAAGGUGUCGCGCAAUAUGGCAAGCAUUUCCGUUGACCCAGGAACCUCUAUCACACGCGAGGGGAGAGGUCGGAGGGGAAGUCACGAUGGCCACUUCUCCGACAAAGAGAAUGCCCCUGCCGGUCGCGAGCCCGAACUCAAGAACCCCAAACGUCGCGUGCCAGCCGGACCAGGCGGGGCCUCGCGCGUUGCGUCCCAGGAAGUACGAGGCCACGAGAACCGCAUUCUGUCUCCCAAGUCCAACAACUCCCGAACCUACCCCCACUCACCCUUCCGUGCAUCCCCCGAAAAAGGUCAACCUUCAUAUCUGGCGCGCCCUACCUCACCAUUAAAACCGUUCAGCCCAUUGCGGUCACGCGGUGCCACCGUAUCUGCGGUGAAGGAUCAGCAGCCUCCUUCACAGGCCCAGAGGACGACUACCCGUGCCGCUACAGGGCCCAAGUCUAUUCGGUCACCUUUGUCGCGCCCGGCGACUCGACAAGGCGAGCGCAAGAAUAGCACAGGGUCCACUGCUUCAUCGGGCACAACAGUAACCAAAUCCACACGGACUGGGACUAGUGCGAGAAAGGCCACCACUGCAUCUGUAGCUGCUGCCAAGAGGCCAGCUUCCCGCAUGCAGGCGGCAUCAAUGGCUGUCAAGAAUCCCCCCACUACUGCUGCAAUGCGCAAAACUACCGCCCCGGCUGUGACUGAAACUGCGACUCGGACUCGAGCGCUGCGCAAGCGGAUCUAG